UGCUACGGCAAUCGAGCGGAGUCGCGAGUUUCACCAGUAUCGGCAAAUGAAACGGAAAGAGCAAGAUCGGGUUGCUAGGAUGGAGGUCGACUACGUGAGAAGGAAAGAAGAAGCAGACUGUGUAAAAGGUUAGACAAGUCAGUGGCCGAAUCAAAUGAGAUCAGGAGCCUGCAUUCGUUUAUGACUGACUUGGAAAAAGGUCAGCUAUCUAUGAAAAGGGAGUUGAAGGAUGAUAUUAACGACUUGAGGACAACAGUGCAUUCGUUUAGGGACCUGUUGAUUGGGAGGUUUGGUGGGAACUCUGAAAUUGGCAGAAAAGAGAAGAAUGACGAUAAAGUCGAAGUUGUGAACUUAAGCUCGGAUAGCUCGUUUUCCUUGGCAACAAGGAGUCAACAUGAGACGAAAAGCACAGUCAGCAGGAGAAAGGGGAAAGCGGUUAGAAAGUCUCCAAUUAGGUUGCGGAGUCCUAUUUGGACCCGGAAAGAUCCCGAGAGGACUAAUGCCAAAAUAAAGGUGAUCGGCCCCUUCAUCACUACAAAGUCCCUAUCAAAAAGGGAUCAGUGGUUGAUCAACCACGUUUUUGAUCCAUUCAAGGAUGAAAGUGAGGCGCUGGUUAGAUCUCCAUGGUUUCAUCUAACCCGUGGAGAGUUUAAGGUACUAGUGCCGGAAAUACCAUUGUCUACUCAG